AAAAAAAAAAAAAAAUAUAUAUUUUUAAAUCUUUUAAAUAAUCAUUGAGAAUAUGAAGUUGGAAACAUUGAUUGCUAUUCUAUCCACACAGUUAACCUGUUAUAUAAUAUAUAUAGUUUCUAUGCAUAGAGAUUGCAUUCCCAAUUCAUGUGAAUUGGGCUGGCUGUGUUAACGGCUUAACAUGGCCUAACAUUAUCUUCUUCGAUCGCAUUAUAUGACAGUGGCUUGCUAUGGUCCUUUUAUGCACGUUACACUUGCUUACUAUCCAAUUACUUUUUAAACAAUUAAUCGAUGUUUCAAUAUUAAAUGCGCAUAUACAUAUAUCUAAAUAUUAGCAUUUAGCAUAGCAUAAACUGAUUGUAUUAAAAGGAAAAAAGCAGUAAAUAAAUUACUAGAUUAUUAUUAUUAGUGACACGAAGUUAAAAAACACAAUGGCAUUUCAUGAAUUAGUAGAAGGAGAAUGUGGAGUUCCUAGUUCAUUAAUUCGCCUUACAUCACAUUUUGUGAAAGAUCAUGGCUUCAAGGAAGAAGGAAUACAUCAUCCUUUUAUACCACCAGAAUCAUUUCAAGCCACAGAUUCUGAACAGUUAGUGAAACAAUUUAUCGAAGAAACAUCAUGUCCACAAACAUUUCGAAUGGAUAAUUUAUUACAAGAGAUGCGUGAAAUCGAUCAAAAUAUUCAACCACCUGUAGCAGCACCAGGAGUAGUUAAGGAAUUAACUGGUUUAGAUACUUCUUGGGCAAAUCAAUAUUUAGAAUCUGGAAGACACUUCGAUGAACAUCAUGCAGAUGAUAUUUGGAAUACACCGGUAAUAAAAAACAAACAAACUCCGAUUAUCCAAGCCCAAGAAACUCACGAAUUUGGAUUAGAUCCAAAAUGGGCAGAAGAAUAUUUAGAACAUAGCAUAGAUAGUGUAGAAAACAAUAUUCCCAAGCAUGAAGUAGCAGAAACAAUAGAAAAUAAUGAAAAUUCUAAUUUGGUGUAUUCUAAAUUUAUGAAAUUUAUGAGACAGGAGGGUGAAGUUCCAAUAAAAAAUGUUGAAUUGUCAUUACCAGAUUCUAAUAAUACAGAUGAUAAUUGGACAGAAGAAUAUGUCAACCAAAAAAGUAAUCAAAAUAUAUCUGAGAAUAGUAACGAUGAAAAUAAAGUCUUGAAUCAAGUAGAAGAAGAUCUAUCUGUAGCUGGUACUUGGAUUGAUGAAUUUGUAAAGGAAAAUAUAUUUUCUGCAGAUGUUGACAAUUAUGAGUCUACAUUUUGGACACGUCUUCAAAAUGAGUGGGAUAAAAUAUCAUCAUCAGAUGAUAUUUCCACGGUACAUCCAUGGAUAUCUGAAUAUGAAGCAUAUUAUGAUCCAUUUAAAGAUUAUGCGUUUCAUAAUGAGAAUCCCAUGAAGAAUUUACCUGAAGCAUUAGAAGAAGGUAUAAAAAGACUGAACGCAGGUGAUUUACCAAGUGCAGUUCUUUGUUUUGAAGCAGCAGUACAACAAGAUGAAAAUAAUUCUGAAGCUUGGUUACUUCUUGGCAAGACUCAAGCAGAAAAUGAGCAAGAUCCUUUAGCUAUUUCUGCGUUAAAACGUUGCCUGAAACUUGAUCCUUUAAAUGGAACAGCCCUUAUGGCUCUCGCGGUUUCUUAUACAAAUGAAUCCUAUCAAAAACAAGCAUGUUUAACACUAAAAGAAUGGUUAUUGAAGAAUGAGAAAUAUAAGCAUCUUUCGGUCUCAAAAACUGUCACAGAGCACAAUCCAAGAUCCAGUGUAUCAACAAUUUUGUUUGAUGAUGUACACAAAGAAGUACAAAAAUUAUAUAUACAAGCUGCUAGAAUGAUUCCUCGAGAUCAAAUAGAUGCUGAUGUGCAAUGCGGUCUUGGUGUGUUAUUCAAUUUAUCCAGCGAAUAUGAUAAAGCUGCUGAUUGCUUUCAAGCUGCUUUACAAGUUCGACCUGAUGAUUCUAGAUUAUGGAAUCGAUUAGGCGCAACAUUAGCCAAUGGUCAACGUUCAGAAGAAGCAAUAAAUGCGUACCAUCGUGCCUUAGAAUUAUCGCCAGGUUUUAUCAGAGCACGUUAUAAUCUUGGAAUCUCUUGUGUUAAUUUAGGAGCAUAUAAAGAAGCUGGAGAACAUUUACUAACAGCUUUGAAUCAACAAGCUGCUGGUAGAGGAGUUCAAGGAGAAUACAUAGCACCUAAAGCAAUGUCGAACACAAUAUGGUCAACUCUCAGGCUAGUUUUAUCAUUGAUGCACAAAUAUCAUUUGAAUGAAGCUGUAGAAAAUAGAGAUUUGUCAAAGUUAAAUAAAGAAUUUGAGAUUGUAUAGGCAGUUUCUGCGUUUAGCAGAAAAUACAGAGAUAGCAAUGAUUUGAGCAUGAAAUAACUGCAUUAUUAUAUAUAAAGGCAUGUAUACUUCUGGAACCUCUGGGAUGUAGUUAUUAUAAAAGAAAUAUGGUUUUUUCAUUAUUGAGAUAUAGAAUAAAUGAAAUAAAAGAUAUUUUAAAUAAAUCCCGAAACAGUUAUAUAUAUGCGUGUAAUUGUACAUGACAUAAUGUUCAAACAACUUUUCUAUUUAUAUAUAUUUUGAUCUUACAAGGGUGAUUUUGAUACUAUAUUUACAUAUAUAUAACACACAUUAUGAAAAUAGUACUGGAACUUAGCCACAAUGGAAUUUAUUAAUUGUUUUAAUACAUGAAUUAUUAAGUUCAACUGUAAUAAUCUUGUUGGAUGAAAAUAUUGUUACCUUCAUAAGUCAGUUGUAAUAUCAUUAAAAUUAUUAUACUCAAUUAUGAAGUUGUUGUGAAGAAUCAA